CCGCCGACUUCCGGCCAGCUCUUUGAGAGACGCCUUUAGUGGAGCCCGAGGCAGGCGGCACUAGCUGGGGUAUCCGGGGUGCGGGACCGCGGCGGUGGCCCCGCGGACGGGAUGUUUCGGGGUCUGAGCAGCUGGUUGGGCUUGCAGCAGCCUGCGACGGACGGCGGACAGUCCGAGGGAGACGGGCCACCUGAGGGAGACGCGCCACCCGAGCAGUCAUCCAAGGCGGUGGCGAAGUCCGCUGCGGAGGAGCAGCAGCAAGCAGGGGACCAGGAGCUCCUCCACCAGGCCAAAGGCUUCGGCAACUAUCUAUUUAACUUUGCAACUGCUGCCACAAAAAAGAUAACUGAAUCGGUUGCUGAAACAGCACAAACGAUAAAGAAAACUGUAGAAGAAGGAAAAAUAGAUGACAUCAUUGAUAAGACCAUUAUAGGAGAUUUUCAAAAGGAACAGAAAAAAUUUGUUGAGGAGCAGCAUACAAAGAAGUCAGAGGCAGCUGUGCCCCCAUGGGUUGACAGUAAUGAUGAAGAAACAAUUCAGCAACAAAUCCUGGCCUUAUCAGCUGACAAGAGGAACUUCCUUCGUGACCCUCCAGCUGGUGUGCAAUUUAAUUUCGACUUUGAUCAGAUGUACCCCAUUGCCCUGGUCAUGCUCCAAGAAGAUGAGCUACUGAGCAGGAUGAGAUUUGCCCUCGUCCCUAAACUUGUGAAGGAAGAAGUAUUCUGGAGAAACUACUUUUACCGUGUAUCCCUGAUUAAGCAGUCGGCCCAGCUCACAGCCCUUGCAGCCCAGCAGCAGGCUGUGGGGAAAGAGGACAAGAACAACGGAAGGGAGGAGGAUCUGCCGCUGACAGAGGCAGUUCGGCCCAAAACGCCACCUGUCGUAAUCAAAUCUCAGCUUAAAACUCAAGAGGAUGAGGAGGAAAUUUCUACUAGUCCAGGUGUUUCUGAGUUUGUCAGUGAUGCCUUUGAUGCCUGUAACCUAAAUCAGGAAGAUCUGAGGAAAGAAAUGGAGCAGCUAGUGCUUGACAAAAAGCAAGAGGAGACAGCCGUACUAGAAGAGGAUUCUGCAGAUUGGGAAAAAGAACUACAGCAGGAACUUCAAGAAUAUGAAGUGGUGACUGAAUCAGAAAAAAGAGAUGAAAAUUGGGAUAAGGAAAUAGAGAAAAUGCUUCAAGAGGAAAACUAGCUGUUUCUGAAAUACAAGAGUAAUCCUUAACAUUCUGCACACUGACAUUAAAUAAAUUCCAGAUGUUGACACUCACUGAGUCAGAA